AUGACUGCUGGAGAGAGAAAUAUUAAAGAACUGUUAGAAGAGUUCAAGUUUGAAAAAAUCUUGAAUUCUAAUCCUCAGAAUAAGAUGAUUUCAGUGCUAGGAUCAAUUUCGAAAGAAAGUGAUGCUAUUGUUGUUAUUGAGAAAUCUCAUUUUCUUCCAGAUACCCAAUCUGAGGAUAUCAAGUCAUUAACUGGCGCUAUAGAGCAAUUGUUUAACAACGAUUGCUACUUUACUGGUGUCACGGUAGCUACUGAGCAUCAAAUAUCUCAAAAAUUACAGCAGCUAAAAGUGAAUUUAAUAUACCCAGCUACCACAACACAUAUUCAAAAACAAUUACAACAGAAGUUUCAUAUGAUAACCGAAACACCUACAAUGUACGAAAAUAUUGUCAAGCCGUAUAUAGAUGAUAUGUAUAAACAAGGUAGAUUAAAAUGGGUACAUAACAUUCUAUAUGAAGGUGCCGAAGCUGAGAGAAUUGUGUAUCAAAAUAAUGAUAUGAUGGUUCUUCCAGAUAUGAAAUGGGAUGGCGAAAAUAUGGACACUUUCUACUUAGUGGCUUUAAUAAAAAGACUUGAUAUCAAAUCAUUACGGGAUUUGAAUCAAUCUCAUAUUCCAUAUUUAAAGCAAAUAUUAUGUGAUAUCAAGACAAACAUCCCAAAACUAUACAACAACCAGAUCAAUGCAGAUGAAUUGCGUAUAUUUAUUCAUUAUCAACCUUCAUACUACCAUUUCCACAUUCACAUCGUAAAUAUAUUGCAUUUAGGAUUAGGAAACGGCUUGGUAGCAGGAAAGGCUUGGUUAUUAGAAGAUAUUUUAGACCAAUUAGAAAAUAUGGCACCUUCAAAAGACGGCUUCAAAGAUAGAACGCUCACAUAUGCAUUGGGUGAAAACCAUGAAUUAUGGUCUAAAUUUAAAUAA